AUGAUUGCAAAAUCCCGAACUGAAGAGGAGCAUGUGCGAGUGUUGAGAAAAUUGUUCCUGAGGUUGAGGAAAUUCCAAUUAAAGCUCAAUCCGUCAAAAUGCACCUUCGGAGCUAGGUCCGAAAAGUUACUCGGCUUCGUAGUCAGUGAGAAAGGAAUAGAAGUCGACCCUGAUAAAGUCAAGGCUAUUCAGGAGCUGUCACCGCCACAAACUCAGAAAGAAGUUCGAGGUUUUCUAGGGAGACUAAACUAUAUCGCACGAUUUAUUUCGCAAUUGACUGAGAAGUGUGACCUCAUAUUCCGUCUUCUUAAAAAGCAUAAUCCUGGGACAACACAAAAGUUGAGGCAAUACAUGUUGUACCAUACAACUUGGCUAAUUUCAAAGUUAGACCCUUUCAAAUACAUGAUGGAAUCAACCGCUUUAAAUGGAAGGAUGGCUCGAUGGCAGAUUCUGCUCUCUGAAUUUGAUAUAGUCUAUGUAAACCAAAAAGUUGUGAAGGGGAGUGCAAUAGCAAACUUCCUAGCCAGUAGAGCUUUGGAGGACUAUAAACCUUUGAAUUCCAGUUUCCCCAAUGAAGAUCUAAUGUAUGUAGCAAUCGCUGAAGAAGACAUGUAUGAAGAUCAUUCUUGGAAAUUAAAUUUUGACGGAGCAUCAAAUGUCGUUGGAAAUGGAGUUGGGACAGUACUGAUAUCCCCAAAUGGAGACCAUUAUCCAUUCACUUGUAAGCUGGAUUUUGACUGCACAAACAACAUGGCAGAAUACGAGGCAUGUAUCAUAGGAAUUCGGGCAGCUAUAGACCGCGAAAUCAAAGUAUUAGAAGUGUAUGGAGAUUCCGCAUUGGUAAUUUAUCAGCUUAAAGGCGAGUGGGAAACGAGAGAUCCCAAAUUGAUCAGUUACCGAAAGUUAAUCCUGGAGUUAAUUGAAGAGUUUGAUGAUAUUACCUUUCAUUACCUCCCGCGAGACGAGAAUCAGAUGGCUGACGCCUUGGCUACACUGGCUUCCAUGAUCAAAAUAAAUAAACAGGAGGAUAUGAAGCUAAUUCAAAUGAGUAUCUGUGAGGCUCCGGCUCACUGCUGUAAUAUCGACGAAGAGGAAGAGAGAGAUGAUCAUCCUUGGUAUCAUGAUAUCUUUCAAUAUGUGAAGAGCCGUGCGUACCCAGAUCAAGCAACCGAAAAUGAUAAAAGAAUAUUGAGGAGGUUAGCCAGUGACUAUGUCUUGGACGGUGAGGUCCUAUAUAAGAAAAGAAAGGAUCAGGUGUUGCUAAGAUGUGUUGACGCUGUUGAGGCAAAGAAAAUUCUACAGGAAGUCCAUGAUGGCAUCUGUGGGACGCAUGCCAAUGGUUUUACAAUGGCUCGACAAAUCAUGAGACUCGAAUAUUACUGGCCCACAAUGGAAGGAGGUUGCAUCAAUUACGCUAAGAAGUGCCAUAAGUGUCAAAUUUAUGGAGACAAGAUCCAUGUCCCUCCUUCACCCCUCCAUGUUAUGACUUCCCCAUGGCCAUUCUCAAUGUGGGGUAUGGAUGUCAUUGGGCCGAUUUCGCCAAAGGCUUCCAACGGACAUCGAUUCAUUUUUGUGGUCAUUGACUACUUUACCAAAUGGGUGGAGGCUGCUUCGUACGUCAAUGUUACAAAGUCGACGGUCAGCAAGUUCCUGAAGAAGGAGAUCGUAUGUCGUUAUGGUAUGCCAGAAAGAAUCGUAUCUAACAACGCAUUGAAUCUGAACAAUAGCGCAAUAGCAGAAGUCUGCAAGAGGAGGCUGAAGGCUAUUCGUCAUGGUCAAAUGUACCAGAGGAGAAUGAUGCGAGCCUACAACAAAAAAGUUCGCCCUAGGGUGUUCCAUGAAGGGGACUUAGUAUUGAAAAAGAUUCUCCCUAUGCAAAAAGAUUUCAGGGGUAAAUGGAUGCCAAAUUGGGAAGGACCCUAUGCGGUAAAAAAGGCUUUCUCUGGAGGGGCAUUGAUACUAGCAGAGAUGGAUGGCAAGAGCUUGUCUAACCCGAUAAAUUUGGAUUCUGUCAAAAGAUAUUUUGCUUGA